AUGGGACACCGGUUCGAAGCUUUCCGGGACCUUCCAGGUGAAAACAACCUUUCCGCCUAUGUCGUCACGAACCGUGUCCGACAGGCAUGCCAGAGAAGCCGGGACGCUAUCGACCGCGAAUCGGAACUCGUAAACCAGUCGCCCUGGGGGUCCUUCAAUGUUCCCUGUCACCCCGCAACCAGGUUGAUCUUCAACAAGAGCCAGGACACCAUCCACCUCCAGACGGGGUGCCCCAUCAGGCCAAGCACAACCGAGUGGUUCGACCCAAGCGUAAUAGCGGGCGCGGGACCCCUCGCCAACGUCAUCCUCGGCUCCGCCUUCCCUCGCCUCCGAGACAUCAAGCACCUCGCCCUCCCCUGGCACGAGAACUGGCCAAGGGGCAACCCGGGCCUGUGCACGAUGACCCAGAUCGUCCGCGACAAGAGCUUCCUCUGGGCGCCGGCGCACUUCCCCGCCCUCGAGACCGUCUACCUCGUCGACUACGACAGCAUCCGCCUCUUCGGCAACACGCCCGACCCGGCCGCGCGCGUCUUCGCAGGAGACAGGUGCCGCUUCGUCGAGGUGCUGCCCACGGACCCGGCGUGGUACUGCGCGGGCCCCGCGCUCGCCGCGGCCGCCGCUUAUCAGGCCGAUUACCUGACGCCCUCUGAUGCCCGGAACUGGCUGUGGGGGCUGCCCAUGUCGCGGGACCUGCCGCGGGGGAGUGGGUACUGUCACCCUGGGCUCAGGGACCGUGACUUGCCUGACUUUUGGGUGGGUGCGACGCACCGCCAGCAGGUUGUCUACAAGGUCUUGGUCUGUAUUCAGGAUUGA